CUCAGUAGGAUCGCAGCAGUCGGUCGAGCACCAGCCUAAGCUUGCACACACACACUCACUUCACAGAGAGGACGUUAAAGGAGACAGUUACCCGAGAGAAGAGAAAACAUCCUGGUCCAGCCUCUCUUCUCCCAGUCUGCUGGUUGUUCUGCUUCCCUGAUAUGACCCUGUUCAGCCCCAGAUACACAAGCAUGAGUGGAGAGUUGAAGUCCGGCCGCUCCAGGGCGGGGAGCAAGAGAGCCAGCAACACCACUUACGGUUCUGAGUUCGACCUGGACUACGACAGCUAUCAGGAGGACUACUAUGACAGGGUGUAUGACUACCAGCGUGUGCCGGCAUCCCUGUCUCCUUUGCCCCUGGGGCCCAGUGUGGCCAAGCGACCCCGCUCCUCCUCCCACUCCUCCGGCCACAGACGCAGUCGAGACAGAACCCACUCCAAAAGCUCCAGAGCCCACUCCACUAGUUCAAGCACAGCCAAGUUGGGCAUGGAGGAGUUGCAGGUGAUUAAAAAGGAGCUGACUCUGAUAAAGACACAGAUCGAUGGGCUGCUCGACAGUCUUGAAAGGAUGGACACAGAGAGGAGCGACCACAAAGGGUCUCCCCUGAGAGAGGACAGUCCGACCAGCUCCCCGUAUGCUCUGUCUGCCAGCAGCCCAGAGCACUCCCCCUCCUCCCUCUCUCCACCCAGCUCCCGCCAUCGGAUCCACAGGGAGAGCGCUGGCCUGAGGGAGCCCGAUGAUGACCACCACACGAUGAGCAACCACAGCUCUGAUCCAGAGGAGGAAAUAUGAGGGUGGAAACUCCGAAGGAACCGUAGGAGAUGUGGAUUAAGUGCCAAACACUGAGGAAGAGAACAACCACAGCCGAGCCAACGCUAAUAUCAGAGGCUUCAUUCCCCAACUGGGUGUACAUAUCAGAUUACACAGUACUUUUAAUUGUAUUGCAGCAGCUUGGUUUCCGUGACUAUACUUUAAAUGUAAAAUGACUGACAGAGGUGAUUUAUACAAACACAGACACACAGAUGAGGAUGUGAUUGACAAGAGUUAAUGAUGGCCUGAGAGAAUGAGGCGGGAUCUUAUCUAGAAAGUAAUUAUAAAGACGAGCUGGAAGCAGGUUCAUUUAAUGUUUUCUUCUGAAUGAGUGGCUUUGCACCAACACCAAAAUUCCAGUUUUAAUCCAAAUGUGACAAUACAGUUCUCUGAAUACAUGUUCUGUAACCUGCUUAACAGUUUAUCCUUUCACGUUUUCCUCAUACAAAAAGACAGAAUGAGACUAAACAGUAAUCACACAGUAAUAAUUUAUAAUAAUAAUAAUAAAAUGUCUAUUUAUGGCACAGGAAUCUCUCUGCUGCUUCAACAGUUUAUACCAAAAAAGAAACAUCUAAAAAACAAUAUCUCAAAGGAAAAUUUAAGCAUUUUACUCUUCUCCAUUGAACAUGUUUAAAACAUGUUCUGUUUACAAAGGACAAUUAAUUAAAUUAUGCAUAAAACAUUAAUUAAUGGAAACUGGAAUAUUGUGUGCCUGUAGUGUAAAUGGGUCUCAAAGUAUUUUUGACUUGUAAAAGCAAAAGAAUAAGAUCUUUAAUGGCGGCUUUUUAUUGACAGUCAACUAAUACUUGCUCUUGCUUGUAUCAUGCUGAUAAAUCAGGAGAGAAAAAGAGUCUGGUGUUUUUUUGCUUGUAAGUUUCAGGUAUGCUACAUCUGAGUGCUACUCUCUGAAACAAGUAUUAUACAGACGACCUUAUAAUGUUUAGAAAUACUAGUAGCUUCUCUACUUUAAAUGUGUGAGAGGAAUGUUGCAGCUCUCUUUCCCUCUGUAUUUGGCACCUAAAGGCCCAGGUCAGUGUGUAAUAUUGUGUAUUAUUGUAAAACUUUACUGUAGCUGUUCUGCUGUCUGAUUUGAGUCUUGCUUUAGGACUUCUCGUAUUUUUUUUUUUUAAGACGAUGAUGAUGUUAUUAUAAUUCUUAUAGUGUUUCAUGUUUUUGUUUGCGAUCUUAAGAUAAGCCAAGUGGAAAUACUCAUUGUCACAGUAGUAAAAGUAUUUUCAU